CACUCGGCCUCCGCACCUGGACAGGGCAGCGGGGCGCCGGCGGUUGCGCUAUUCAAAUCGGCGGACUUCCGGGUGGCGGCUUGUGUUUGAGCCUCAGAAAGCGAGGAGCGGCCUCCGCAGAAGCCGAGCUGCAUGAGGUUGCAGUCACUCAGCUGGGAAAGGAGGCAGUGCUCUUGGGAGAAACGGCAGAGGCCUCAAGUUUCAGGCUGAAGCCGGAAGAGUCCCAACCAGUGGGCGUAUCCCAAGAUGAAGAAUUUUGGAAAACAUACCAGGGUCUGCAAGAACAGCUGAGGAGGAAUACUCAUAAAGAGACUGAGCCUGUGUAUGAGAUGGAAAAGGUCUCACUCCGUUACCCAGGUUGGACUGCCGUGGUGUGAUCACAGCUCACUGUAGCCUCAACUUCCUAGGCUCAAGCAAUCCUCCCACUUCAGCCUUCUGAGUUUCUGGAACUACAAGCAUGCAUGCCACUACACCUGGUUUGUUUUUUUUUUUGAGAUGGAGUCUCACUUUGUCACCCAGGCUGGGGUGCAGUGGCACAAUUUCGGCUGACUGCAACCUCUGUCUCCCACGUUGAAGCAAUUCUCCUGUCUUACCCUCCAGAGUAGCUGGGAUUACAGAUGUGCACCACCACACCCAGUUAAUUUUGAGGUCUUGAACUCCUGACCUCAGGGGAUCCGAUCCUCCUGCCUCAGCCUCCCAAACUGCUGGGAUUAACAGGCGUGAGCCACUGAACCUGGCCUAUACCUAGCUGUUUUCAAUUUUUUUUUUUUUUGUAAGGAUGAGAUCUCACUAACUUGUCCAGGGUGGUCUGAAACUCCUGGCCUCCUACCUCAGCCUCCCAAAGUGCUGGGGUUACAGGAAUGAGCCACUGUGUCUCAAUAGCUACUAAUUUUUGUAUGUCAAUUUUGUAUCUGCAACUUUUCUGAAUUCACUUAAUUCUAACAGUUUUUGGUAGUGUCUGACAUUUAUAGCAUAAUGUCAUUUGUAAACAGGGACAAUUUAACUUCUUCCUUUCCAGUGUGGUUGACUUUUAUUUCUUUCCUUUGCCCAAUUUCUCUGGCUAGAACUUCCAGUAUUAUGUUGGGUAGAACUGGUGAAAGUGGGCAUCCUCGUAUUGUUCCAGAUCUUGGAGGAAAAGCUCUCAGCUUUUCCUUGUUUAGCAGGAUGUAGCUAUGAGUUUGUCACAUAUAUUAUUGUAUGAGGUACAUAUACCUAAUUUGAAGAGAGUUUUUAUCAUGCAGCAAUGAUGAAUUUGUCAAAUGUAUUUUCUGCAUUUAUUGAAAUGGUUAUAUGCAUUUCAAAAGUUUUUGUGUUUCAUUCUGUUAAUGUGAUAUCAUGUUUAUUGAUUUGUAUAUGUUGAAACAUCCUUGCAUCUCUGGGUUGAAUCCCACUUGAUCAUGGUGAAUGACCUCUUAAAUGUGCUGUUGAAUUUGGUUUGCUGUUACUUUGUUGACUGUGGUAGUGCCUUUUCAUUUGGGACCAUCACCUCUAACCAAAUCUAGCCUAAGAACAGCUACUUCCUCGAUCCGACCAAGCUCUUUUUCCUAUCUUGUUAACAAAGUCACACCAAUACUUCCCCCUCACAUUUGGAUGUUAAGAAACAAGGCCCUUAAAGAUACACUGAAGGUGCACCUAGGUGGCUCAGGAUACAUGUGACUAAAGCACUGCUCUGCCCUUGCCUUUCCCCACACUCAGGCUCUGUUUGCUCUUUCUGUCUCUCUUUUCUGUCCAUUUGGUCAUCUACUACUCUGCUCUCUGAAUAGUGAAGGCAGCAAGGUGCUUCAGAAAGUGCACUAGGAUUCAAGAGCUUGAGUAUUUGGGUGCACUUUGCAACUAAUUAGUUAGGGUAGUCAGUGGCUCUUUAUAACACCCUGUCUAAUCGUCUGUGAAAUGACUAUAAUAAGUGGCAGGAACAUUGUAGGAAUCAAAAUAGAUAAUCUGUGUCAGAAAUGCAUGUGUUUAGAAAACUCCUCAGUGGUUAUAUUUCAUGGCAUACUUUUCUGAGAAGUGUCAUCAGCCUAUUUCACAUCCCAUGCCUUGUAUUUAUAUCCUGAUGCGCUACUACUUGGUGCUACCGGGGCCGUCAUAAAUGAUGAAUGAAUGAAGAGAGGCAAGAUUGAAGGCAGAAGGACUACAUAGAAGCCUUAGUAUUAUCCUCCACUGUUCUUUUUUUGUUUUUUGAGAUGGAGUUUCGCUCUUGUUACCCAGGCUGGAGUGCAAUGGUACAAUCUCGGCUCACUGCAACCUCCGCCUCCUGGGUUCAGGCAAUUCUCCUGCCUCAGCCUCCUUAGUAGCUGUGAUUACAGGCAUGCACCACCAUGCCCAGCUAAUUUUUUUUUUUUUUUUUUGUAUUUUUAGUAGAGAUGGGGUUUCACCUUGUUGACCAGGAUGGUAUCGAUCUCUUGACCUUGUGAUCCACCUGCCUCGGCCUCCCAAAGUGCUGGGAUUACAGGCUUGAGCCACCGGGCCCGGCCCCUCCACUGUUCUUUCUCUCACACUCCACAUCUCACACUCCACAAUUUCAAUCUCCCUCUUCAAAAUAUAUCCAGAAUACCCCAUCCAGAAUCACACACACGUGAAAAUUAGAAAAGUAUUUGAAUGUCCAUUAAAAGGGGAAUGGUUGAAUACAUACAUAUGGUGGGGGGGCAGAGGCGCAUGGAAAAACAUUUUAAAUAGAAUAUAUAUUGUGGUGAAUGCCUAAAUGCAGGAUAUAUAUAUAUGGGAAAAAAAUCAAGAUGUAGUAAAUGGAGAAAGAGUAUAUAUUAAGAACCAGAAAGAUAUACGUGCUGGUAAUGUUACCAGUGGAGAGUGUCCCGGUUCUUGGUGUUUUGAACAAAGAAUUCGACAAAACGUGCAAACAAAGCAAGAAAAAAAGCAACAAAAGCAGAGAUAUAUUGAAAACGAAAGUACACUCCACAAGGUGGCAGCCAUUAGAGCACAGGGGCUCAAGAGCCAUGUGCCAGAAUUUUUCUGGUGUUUAAACACCCUCCAGAGGUUUCCUAUAGGUCACUUGGUGUAUACCCUAUGUAAAUGAAGUAGUGCCCCACACUCAGAGGCUGAAGUGAAGUCACAAAGGUUACACCCUAUGCAAGCAUUUGAUUGGUUGUGGGAAUCAACCAAUCAGAGGCCAAAGUGAAUUACAAAGUUACACUGCUAUGCAAACUUCUGAUCGGGUGUAGAAAGCAACUAAUCAAAGACACUUAAAUUUUUCAUCUGCCACGCAGAAAAGGUUGGGGGUUUGUAAAGGGAGUAGUCUCCAGUCCUUUUGGUGGGUUUUUUCCUUACUUAGGUGAGGAAAGUUGGGGUUUUCCUUUCGAUUUAGUUCUAGGAAGUCAGCGUGAAUGGCCUUAGGUUCCCUGCCUCCACACUCCUCUGCCUCAGUACCAGUUAUUUUGUCUAGGGAGGGAGAGUAGUUUCAGAGGCAAGGUAUGAAGAUAAUUUUUUUUUAAUUCAUUGGGAUUUAUUAUUUAUUUAUUUUGAGACGAUCUCACUCUGCCGCCCAGGCUGGAGUGCAGUGGCAAGUACCUCUCAUUGCAGCAUCAAAUUCCUGGACUCAAGUGAUUCCCCCCGCCUCGGCCUUCCAAAGUGCUGGGAUUACAAGCGUGGAGACUUCAGUUUUAUUUUAUUUAAUUAAUUAAUCAAUUUAUUUAUUUAUUUUUAAGACGGGGUUUCACCAUGUUGGUCAGGCUGGUAUUGAACUCCCGACCUUAGGUGAUCCGCCCGCCUUGGCCUCCAAAGUGCUUCGAUUACAGGCGUGAGCCACCGCUCCCGGCCAAGGCUUCAGUUUCAAGUGAGAACGUUUUUGCAGUACUUACUUAGUAUUAAGAAAAACAAUAUAUAUUGGGGGAAAAAAUCCACUGGUUUUGAAACGAUUUGUAGUCCCACUUCUGUCUUUAGAGAGUCACUUAAACUAUGUUUUGGCUUCCUCAUCUGGAAGAUAAAAAUGGUAAUAGAAUUGACUUGGUAGAGUUGCUGUAUGAGUUACUGUAUAAAUGUUUACAAUUAGGCAUUGCCCGCUAUGAACGCCACGUUUUCUAUCAGGGAAGUCCUCACUUAACGCGUAAAACAGGAAGGCGUGCCCAUCUAGAGCCGGGCCCCGGGUUCUCAGGCAUUGUGAUUGGUCCCAGCAUAUAACGCAAGGCAGGAUUCAUGGACGAAAGUGCUGUCAAUUAGCGAAGGGCGGAAACCAGGUGGAGAGGAUGGUCCUUUAGUGCCGCACUUGAGCGACUCGCAUCUCUCGGAUUAGCUAUUGCGCAUGCGUCUGGCCCUCUUGUGGUCCCGGCGUGACGUAGUAGAAAAGAUGGCGUGCCUAGCUAGUCGCUUAUCUUUUCUCAUGAGGCGGGGCUCAACGCUUGGGUCUCCGCUGUCUGUCCUGCGGCUCUGAUUGCACCCUGGGUUCUUUGACGCACAAAGUCGCAGUGAUUGCGUGAUUCAGAGUGAACUGAGUCCUCAGGGGACGCCUGGGAUCGAGACAGGCCGGAGUGCCGGCUUUAUUGCUCUUCGGAGGUUUCAGUCCAUUCAGGUUCCCCCGUGAGGCCGCCUUUGAAGGGCUCGUUGCCUCUUGCCCUUUAUGCUACGGAAACACUCCUUAGGGGCUAAGGAAACCUAAAGCCCCAUUGCGCCCUUGUACCGAGCGGUGGGGACACGAAGACAGCACAGACACGCUGUUUACCCUCAGCGAGCCCCCAAACUGGUGAAGUGGAUAAACCCAACGGAAACAAAUUCUGUUAGCGGGUUAAGAUGGAGCACGCUGAGAGACGUUACAGACAGUACCACAGAGUUCAGAGGAUCAGGACGCUUCAAGAAGAUGGGGGUAUUGGUGUCAUCAGUCAUUAUCCAAGACAUUGGUCUUGUCUUUGAUGGUGCACUCCUUGAGAACGUGAACUUUUUCUUCUACAUUUCCGAUAUGUAUGCUCAGGUGCCCUUACCUGGUUGGUAGAGAUGGAGUCCAGCUGUCCCUCGUGUUCGUGGUCUAUGGAAAGGAUGAAUUAGGUCUUGGGGACUUAAGGAGGGAAAAUUUUGGUGAACAAAGGCACUAAUAUGUUCCUAGGCCAGGGGUUCUCAACCAGCGCCCGACCCACAGCACAAUUGACAAUUUUGUUGUCACAACUGAGGGGUACCACUGACAUCUAGUGGGUGGAGGCCAGGGAUGCAGCUAAACAUUCCGCAACGUCCACAAGGUUCCCGCCCGUCCCCAACCCCAAGAACUCAAAAAACGAUCUGACUCAAAACCCCAAGAACUCAAAAAACGAUCUGACUCAAAACGUCAGUGUGCUGAGGUUCUGAAACCCUGCCCUAGAAUGGUAGCAGAAACGGAGAGGGAGCAGAUGUGGGAGACAUCUCAGCCAAAGACCGGUUUUGUCUCGUUUUGUGUUCUUUAUAAUGCUUAAGUGAUGCUCAGUUGGUUAGGUCUGAUGAGCCCAGUCUUCCUCUUAUUUUUUCACCCAUUCAUUCAUACCUGGCAAAUAAAUAUAUUUAGCACAAAUCACUAUUCAAGGUGCUAGGAUUCAGCGUUGAGCUGAAAAAUAUCUUACAAUCUGGCAGGGGGUGACAGACAUUAAACUUCUAUGUCAAGUAGUAAUAUAUGCUAUGAAGUUCCUGCAAGAUGGAGUUUCCCUUACUGCCACCACAUCCUUUUACUCACAGCCUUCUGAGUGCCAAGCACUGGACUAGAUACUUUACUCAUAGCAUGUAUACUCUUUUCCUGUAUCCUGCAAGGUGGGUAUUAUUUAUUUUUUGAGAGAGAGACUCGCUUUGUCGCCCAGGCUAAACUACAGUGGUGUGAUCUUGGCUCACUGCAACCUCCACCUCUGGAGUUCAAGCGAUUCUCCUGCCUCAUUCUCCCGAGUAGCUGGGAUUACAGGCACCCGCCACCACACUCAGCUAAUCUUUUUUUUUUUUUGUAUUUUUAGUAGAGAUGGGAGUUUCACCAUGUUAGCCAGGCUGGUCUUGAACUCCUGACCUCAAGUGAUCCGCCCUCCUUGGCCUUCCAGAGUACUGGGAUUACAGGGAUGAGCCACCACACCCAGCCCUGCAAGGUGGGUGUUACUAUCCUCAGAUGAUCAAAAGAGGAUCACAGGAGUUAAAUAAUUUGCCACAAAUUACUUAGUAUGGAGUUGAGCUUGGACUCAAGCUAGAUUCACCUGAAGGAAAAAAUCUGUAUUAUUUCCACUAGUUAACAUUGUGUCUCAUAUGUUGAAUUGAAUGGGAUGAGAAAUAAAUAUCUUCUUUCCUAGAGUUAAGAAAGUGAAGUAGAAAUGAACUCACACUGACCUCUUUCUGUUUCCAGAGUAGAGUUUUUAUUAGACCUAGUAGGAGUUGUAGGAACUGAAUUUUGAGACACAGAUCAGUCUCAGAUGUAGUUGAAUUCCUCACCACUCCUCCCGGCUGGCUCCUGGCAAAAUCUGACGUCUCAGAGAAGUUGGAAACUUUAAGAUCCCUCACCAGCCCUUCAGAUCCUAAUUAUCAAUGAGUGUCUGGGCCUCACAAGGCCUUCAGUCAGCUCUGGAAGCUGCACUGAAGGAGAAGAUCCUGAAACUGAAACAAUUCCUGACUAUUCUUCACAGGAAGUUAAGCCUGAGUGAGGGAGCAUGAUCCAGGAAGAAGUGAGAAGGAAAUGACUUUGGGGCUGGAUUUGGAGUUAGAACCUGGGAGACCAAGGCAAUGGGUCAUGUUCACCUGGUCCUGCUCCGAAUGAGAAUCCCCUGGUUCUUGGCUGGGCCUGGUGCCUCACACCUGUAAUCCCAGCACUUUGGGAGGCCAAGGCAGGCAAAUCACCUGAAGUCGGGAGUUCGAGACCAGCCUGACCAACAUGGAGGAAACUCCAUCUCUACUUAAAACACAAAAUUAGCCGGGCAUCACUGCAGGCUCUUGUAAUCCCAGCUACUCAGGAGGCUGAGGCAGAAGAAUCACUUGGAUCCAGGAGGUGGAGGUUGCAGUGAGCCAAGACUGUGCCAUUGCACUCCAGCCUGGGCAACAACAGCAAAACUCAGUCUCAAAAAAAAAAAAAAAAAAAAAGAUGAGAGAAUCUCUUGGUUCUUGAAAGGACUGCUCUGUGAUGGAGGAAUUGCAAUGCCCAGCAAGGAUCCUGAUCUUGAAGGACAGCUUCACUGGAUAUAGAAAAAAGAAAAAAAAAGGAUCCUGAAUGAUUGACAAGAAACCCAAAGUGUGUAAGGAAUACAAGCUGUCAUUCAAUAAGCCUAAUGUUGUAGAAAUUAAAGUUACGGGUCCCAUGACAUGAAUUAAUUAACUCAGGACAGAUUAAUCCACAGAGACAGAAUGAAGACUGGUAUCUGCCACGGGUUUGCAGGGGGAGGAUGGGGAGAAACUGCUGGAUGGUUGUAGGAGCUUAUUUUGGAGUGAGGGGAGGUUCUGGAACUGGAUAGAGGCGGUAAUCACACAACACUGUUAAUGUGCUGGAAGCCAAAGAAUUGUUCACUUUACGGUGUUAACUUCAUGUCAUGUGAAUUUCAACUCAAUAAGUUAAAAACCCAGGUUCAAAAAUAAAAGAGCCUUCAAGGCUCUUUCAUAUCUCACCUUAUUAUAUUAUCUAUGUAUAUUUAGUAAUACAAAUCUCAAUACAGAGCUCAAAAAGACAUUGUACUGUCCUGCAACUGGACAAGAUGAGGUGCAGGAGAAGCCCGAAGAAGCAGCAAGAACGGCACAUGCUGAGGCCAGAAAACCAGGAGUUCCUGGCAAAGGAGGGGAGGGAUGGCAGAGACAGAGCAGGGAAAACCACAGAUCACAGGAAACCAGGAGUUCCUGGAGGGAUGGCAGGGGACGGAGCAGGGAAAACCACAGAUCACAGGAAACCAGGAGUUCCUGGCAGGGGACAGAGCAGGGAAAACCACAGAUCACAGGAAACCAGGAGUUCCUGGCAGGGGACAGAGCAGGGAAAACCACAGAUCACAGGAAACCAGGAGUUCCUGGAGGGAUGGCAGGGGACAGAGCAGGGAAAACCACAGAUCACAGAAAACCAGGAGUUCCUGGCAGGGGACAGAGCAGGGAAAACCACAGAUCACAGGAAACCAGGAGUUCCUGGCAGGGGACAGAGCAGGGAAAACCACAGAUCACAGGAAACCAGGAGUUCCUGGAGGGAUGGCAGGGGACAGAGCAGGGAAAACCACAGAUCACAGGGAACCAGGAGUUCCUGGAGGGACGGCAGGGGACAGAGCAGGGAAAACCACAGAUCACAGAAAACCAGGAGUUCCUGGAGGGAUGGCAGGGACAGAGCAGGGAAAACCACAGAUCACAGGAAACCAGGAGUUCCUGGAGGGAUGGCAGGGACAGAGCGGGGAAAACCACAGAUCACAGGACACCAGGAGUUCCUGGAGGGAUGGCAAGGGACAGAGCAGGGAAAACCACAGAUCACAGGGAACCAGGAGUUCCUGGAGGGAUGGCAGGGGACAGAGCGGGGAAAACCACAGAUCACAGGAAACCAGGAGUUCCUGGAGGGAUGGCAGGGGACGGAGCGGGGAAAACCACAGAUCACAGGGAACCAGGAGUUCCUGGAGGGAUGGCAGGGGACAGAGCGAGGAAAACCACAGAUCACAGGGAACCAGGAGUUCCUGGAGGGAUGGCAGGGACAGAGCAGGGAAAACCACAGAUCACAGGGAACCAGGAGUUCCUGGCAGGGGACAGAGCAGGGAAAACCACAGAUCACAGGAAACCAGGAGUUCCUGGCAGGGGACAGAGCAGGGAAAACCACAGAUCACAGGGAACCAGGAGUUCGUGGAGGGAUGGCAGGGGACAGAGUGGGGAAAAACCACAGAUCACAGGGAAGGGCAACACUGUGGAGUGAGGCAGGGGCAGUGUCACAGGGCCUGUGUUCAGAGCCUUGUGUAGCCCCUCCCACCCUGGGCUUGGCCAUGUGACUGACUGUGUCUGGCCAACACAGUGCCAGCAAAGGCUCAGCAAGCACUUGCACACAGAGGCUGCUCCUCCCGGAACGUGGGAAAGUACCAUGAGCCUGCACCCACCUGAGCCCCAGCUGAGCUCCUAGCUGGUGGCCGCCAUCAUCUGCCAGCCAGGUGACAGGCCAUGCUGGAUCUUCCGACCUCAGCACCUCAGCCAACAUCUUGAAGCAGCAGAACCACUCAGUUGACCCACAGAGUGGUGAGAAAUAAUGGCUUUCGGGUGGUUUGUGUGGCAGCUGUAGCACAGUACUGGUUACCGCAGAUCACAGGGAACCAGGAGUUCCUGGAGGGGUGGCAGAGGACAGAGCAGAGGAGGGAUGGCAGGGGACUGUGUGGCAGUCAUUUGCAUGCGUUCUAAGCUGCAGUGGAAGCUGAUUCCUAAUGAUAACCUUUUGAGUUCAGUCACCGGUCCAGGGCAUCACGCGGCACUGCUCACCCAGCGUAACAGCGUCUUCAUCCUUUAUGUUCUGUUAACAAAAUCUGGAUAUAACACCUACUCAGAUAAUUCACUAGUUUGGAAACGGAAACACACCUGGCUUUGGCUUUCAAAUUUCACACUGAAAAGAUAAUACUCUGGGUGACCCAGACAACCUAAGAGUAGAUGCUACUUUCCCUGUAUGUCACCUGCACAUGGUAAAACGAACUGCUUUUACCCCAACAAUGCCCCCAGUGUGGAGGUGUGGUUUACAUAAAGGCAAUCAGUACCAGGACACAGGGGCAAAGAGGUCCUCGCCCCACGGGCUCUGGAGCGUGGGGUGGCAGGGAGGGCUCCCGGCUGCCUGGCCUGUCUACUUGUCAUCAGUUUGGGGGCUAACUGUGUCCUCUCUUGUGCCCAGAUCCUCCACCUCUUUCUGAGUCCAUGGCCCCUGGCCUGGCCCUUUGGCUUCAAUAGCCCUGUUCUGCCAAGCUCCUGGGAGAACUGGUGGGUCCCUGUGAUGCCAGCAGAGCUUCCAUCUCCUCUUAGAAGGCACAGGGCUCUGGGCUGCAGCCUCACCUCCCUCAAUGGGAACUGGUCCAGAGGCUUCUGAACUUGGUUUGACAUUGACACUGCUCCAGAGUCUGGUGGAAAUCUUGUUCACACAAGAGCUCAGCAACUUUCCCACACAGCUGGUGACUUUGCUGGUGCAUCUGGAGUUUUUCACAGAACUGAGCCUUGCCCAUAAUACAAAGGAAAAUCCUAGAUUCUUCAGAAACCCAGUGUGCACCUGCUACUUUCUCAUCUGCUGGGUCUGGUUGUUUUGCAUCACCUCUGAUUUUUUUCUUCCCCUUUUGCUGGUUUUUCAUGGACUUCCCCUCCAGUCUCCUUUGUGGAACUCUUAGAAAUGUGCCUCACUCUGCAGCCAUGAUAAUCUGGGGUACCUGUAUGCUCUCUUUGAUCCAGUCUAGAGCCAACAUUCAGACCAUGAAUGGGGAACCCUGCAUGUGAGACAGCAGAGGAGACAGCAAGGCCCAGUGAGCUGCAGAGCGUCUGUCUCUGAAUCUGGAUGGUCAGGGAGGCUGCUGAGGACGAGGCAUUUGACUGAGAUGGGACAGAACUGAUUUGAGAAAGUCAGGAGAGUGGUCUGUUUGGCAGAACCUUCUCCUGAGACUCUGGGAAAGGGCCUGGUUCCUCCCCGAGGGCCUGGACAAAGUAGACUGUCCUGGUUGGGUGGUUUUGCUAAUCUCCUCUGCUACUGGAGAAGCAACUACCACUACCUGUGCGCAUAAGCACGUGUUCAGCUGCCCUGCACAUCUGUGCUCCUGGUGGCCACCUGUCUGGCUCCGGCUCUGGACUGCUUGUUCUGACUCUGUCUCACUGUCACAUUUUGCUUCCCAGCCCCCUCACCCUUCACCUCCAAUGUGCUCGACUGCCUGUCACACAUGCUACCCACCCCCCCUCCUCUUUUUUUCUUUUUUUUGAGACAGAGUCUCACUCUGUCUCCUGGACUGGAGUGCAAUGGUGCGAUCUCAGCUCACUGCAACCUCUGCCUCCCGGGUUCAAGUGAUUCUCCUGCCUCAGCCUCCUAAGUAGCUGGGAUUACAGGCGCAUGUCACCACGUCCAGCUAAUUUUUGUAUUUUUAGUAGAGUCAGCGUUUCACCAUGUUGAUCAGGCUGAUCUCAAACUCCUGACCUCAGGUGAUCUGCCCGCCUCAGCCUCCCAAAGUUUUGGGAUUACAGACAUGAGCCACUGCGUGCAGCCUGCCCCUUUCUUUUGAUCUCUGCCUGUGUCUCUCUUGCCUGCUCUGGUUCCCCAUUUACUUCCUCCUUUCCCUCCACCCAAUAGUCUCCCCACUCCCUCUGUCUCCCUCACUCUCAAGUCCUUUCAGCCUCUCUGAACAACUGAACACAUCCACCUGGACCUGGAGGGAAGAUGGAUCCUUACCCAGCAA